AUGACUGAGGUGGUUCAGUCUUUCAUUGUGGGUCACUGGGCAGUGUCCAGGGAGCUAACUGUAACAGAGAGGCAUGUGGCCAGGUCCACAACAAAUAUCAUUGAGAUUGAAAAUCAUGAUGAGAGAAAAAGGCCAGGGAUGCCAAGGGAACUCUAUACGUUUCUUGUCAAAACCUUUUCAUUGGAGGGGGAUCUAAUUUUUUACAUUGGCAUAGGAAAUGGUAAAUAAUUAUAUUUGCUAUGUUGUGCCAAGUGUCAUAUAAGAAAAAUCUCUUUCACUUUUUUGGUUAGGAAAUGGAAUGUUAGCAGCAAUCGAGAUGCACAGAACAUCCAUCUACAUUGACCAAACAACAAAAGAAGAGGAGAGAUGGUCUCUAUGA